AUGGACGUUAACCAACGACAAGCGGACGUUAGCGAAUCGGUGGUGAAGAAAAUGAGGAUCAACGUGAAAGACUCGACGAUGGUGAGGCCGGCGCAGGCGACGCCACUGCGGAGCCUCUGGAACUCUAACGUGGACCUGGUGGUGCCGAACUUUCACACUCCUAGCGUCUACUUUUACCGUCCGGCCGGUUCUUUGAACUUCUUUGACGCCGGAGUGAUGAAGGAUGCGUUGAGUCGAGCACUCGUGCCGUUCUACCCCAUGGCCGGCCGGUUGAAGAGGGACGACGAUGGUCGAAUCGAGAUCGAUUGUAAUGGUGAGGGCGUUCUCUUUGUGGAGGCCGAAUCUGAUGGCGUGGUCGAUGAUUUUGGGGACUUUGCGCCCACUUUGGAGCUCCGGAAGCUCAUUCCGGCGGUGGAUUAUUCUCAGGGAAUAUCAUCGUAUUCUCUUCUGGUCUUGCAGGUACGUUCUUCUUGUUUCAUACGAAUCCAAUAUAAUUAUAAUUAUAUUGAAAUUUAA